AUGCUGAUCAAAUGCGGUUGGUUCGACGUAGUUGGCAAAGAUCAGCAAAAGAAGAAAAUAUCAGUGGCGGAAUAUUUCAAAACGAAUGUCGGCAUUGCACUCAAAUUUGCAAGGUUACCGUUAAUCAUUGAGCGUUGUGAAAGCGGUGAGAAUUACUAUCCGAUGGAGUUGUUGGUGGUUUGCGAGAAUCAACGAGUGAAACAAACACAACAAUCAUCCGAGCAAAUACAAGCAAUGAUUUCGGCAUGUGCUGCAUUACCAUCGGAUCGUAAACGUCAAACGAGUAUAAUGACACAAGCGUUGAAGUUGGACGGUGCCACUAAAAAUCGAUGGUUCGAUGAAUACAAUGUGAAGAUCACGAAAAAUCUGGCGUUGGAAGGACGUGUGCUGCCAUCCCCUCAAAUAGAAUACGGACGUAACGUGAAAACGCCCGUCAAUCCUGAACGUGUCAGUCCAAACAAUAAUUCUUUGGGAUUCGUUUGUUUAAUUCCAGUGGAAUGUUCAAAUUUAGAAACUUGA